AUGGGGGUUUGUACAUGUUUUCAUAUAAAUACAUUUGCGACCAAUUUUUAUCGAAACAAUUUGAAAUUAAAAAUGGAGGAUGAUGAUUAUGAAAGAGCAGUACGUAACGCAGUGCCUAUUACUAGCUGGUUGAAAAGAUUGCUUCCGUAUGAAAAGGAUCUUUUUGAUCAUGGCGAACUGAAGAAUAUUACACAUGAUGGAGCAAGUGCAGUAUGGUUGGAGUCGCCGUCUACCAUUCCAAAACCAGGACAGACAAAUGUCUACAGACCGAUGGGUGAUAUUGAAGCAAAAUAUUUAGUAGCUAAUGGUCAACUUCCGAACACUCAACCGUAUCAAGCAAUCAUUGAAGGACAAGAGGGAAGAGAAUAUGCAAAUAAAUACUUGACAGGAAAAAAAUGGACAAAAACUCAUCCAACAACAAUUGUUGAAUUUACUUCACCAAUCGAAUUAAUAGAAACUUUAAAAAAGAGACAAAUCAAAGUGGAAGAUGGAGCGAUGUCUAUGGGAUUGGGAAACAAAGCAGGAAAAGGUUUGGACAUUUUUAAUGAAAAGAUGGAUGAUCCACCCGUCCUGCUUGGAUCGUAUGGUUUGGAGAAAGUUUGGGACGGACGCGACAAGCCGUUUUAA